AUGGCGCAACCUUCGACUCCUGGUCAAGCACCGGUUUCAUCCAUCUUUGGCGGCCCAGGUGCUCAUGUCCCAGAACCAAACCAUUCAAAUUCCGCCAUCACUAGCCUGACAUUGUCAUCAACUGCUACUCUGGCACCUACACCGACGUCUGCAGCCUCGUCAUCGAACAAUACUUAUAUCAUGCCAAACUCCCCCGCCAAGACUCGUCCUGCAUCGGAUGGAUACCGCCCAAGAAUCACACGAACUUUGGGUCAGCGACCUGCCUGCUUGGUGAACGCGUCUGUGACGUACUGUGGAAAUAACCAAAUAUAUGCCUUCGGCGGGUUUGACCAGUACACGGACGAAGUAUACAAUCAUGUGCUUCGACUAGACCUCAUGAGCCAUCAGUGGAGCUUGGUCGACAAUUAUGGCGACAUUCCCGGUGUGCGAAUGGGUCACACAGCCACUUUAUAUCAAGGUGACAAGCUCCUAGUGUUCGGCGGCGAAAACGAGCAUCGAACGUACCUCUCCGAUCUUAUCGUCUUCGACCUCAAGACUGCCCACUGGACUCAGCCACAAGUAUCCGGCCCUAUUCCAAAAGGCCGGGCAAGACACGCCGCCGUUUUGCAUGAGGACAAGCUUUUUAUCAUUGGUGGCAUUACCGGACAGAACAAUUAUGUUCUGGAUGAUAUAUGCUACCUUGACCUCAGGACCUUUACUUGGUCAAAGGCAUGGCGAUUUGUCGGCCGGUUUGAUCAUUCUGCCUACAUAUGGGGUGACCGCGUUUGGGUUUUUGGAGGUUUGAGCGAGGACAUGGACAAGAUCAGUGACCUGUGGUGGCUAGAUCUGAAGGGAUGUCCAGAGUUUGAUUCUCCACCGCAUAUGGCUGUGUUUGACCGCAACUCUGCGGCAAGUAGAACAAGCGGUUCUCCUCGCCCACCAUACACCAUAGCACCCGCCCCAGCCGUUGGCUCAUCCGGCUAUGCUGCAAAUUCAAGAACCGCGCAGGUCAACCCACCGUCAUUUCAGUUGAAGACGUACGCUCCCAUGGCUCCAGGAACGAUAUCCGCGGUGAAAUUCAUGUUUGGACAGGCACUUCCGUCUCAAGGCUCUGGAAUUCACUACCAUCAGUAUGCAUCUGGCACCCUCCUUGAUUUUGUGACACCAGCAGCCACUAUCACUCCAAGAGCGUGUUCGCUAUCGGUCCUAGAUCUAAAUACUCUGAGGUGGCAGAAGCUGGCAGAGGGCCGAGAAAUAUUUAAACAUGGAUAUAGAUGGCACUACUGUACCAUGAACGAGGAUGGCACCAAGGCAUGGCUUCUCGGCUGCCCAACUGAUGCGGCCUCAACCGAUCUGGGUCCUAAUGGAUACGAGGAAUAUCUGAGUGACAUCAUGGAGAUUGAUCUGCGAAAAUACGGUUUCCUCGGCAACAAUAUGACUCCAGAACCCCGAACCGCAUCACGACCCUUGGCCCAUUCAAGGGCAUCUGACCAGCCAUCCAAAGGAUUAGGUGGCGAUUUGGCCAAGCUUUUCAACCAACCACCGGAAUCUGGAAGUGGCACUGACUUCAUCAUCACUGCACUCGCUGAAGACUGCGAAGAUGACGUUCUCGACUCUGGCUUGUUUCGCUCCAAGUCUUCACCACGGGAUGAAGAUUGGCUUGCUUCAGAUGUCCCAACGUCGCAGCCGAUUCAUGUUCACAAGCUCAUCCUGCAAGCACGCUGGCCUCACUUUGCACGGCUAUACAAUGCCCAAAUGGCGGAGUUUCAUACCAAAAAAAUGCACAUCCCGGAGCCAUACUCAGUAGUGAAAGCGUUUCUAAUCUACCUCUACACCGACAGCAUCCAUGGGACGUUGGAAGCCGAUAGUGACGCCACGACGGACCUCUCGGAUGUGGCUGGCCUUCUAGUCAUGUCUAACAUUUAUAAUAUUCCUCAUCUACGAUUGCUGUGCGUCAACCGCCUUGCCAAGGAGCUGGAUGUCGAGAAUGCAUGUGUCAUCUGGUACUGCUCGGGCUUGGCUGGUGAGGAGUGGUUGCGUAAGCGUGCAGCCACAUACUGUAUGACUCACUGGGGACGCAUUGUUCGUACCCAAGGCUUCCUUCGGCUUCCUCGCUCCGCGCUGGUUGAUCUUUCACAAGAAGUCGACAUGGAAGGCCGCGUAGUCGCAGGCGAAGACCUGGAGUGGAGCGGCAUGAACUCGAGUUAUGGGGAGGGGAGCCACAUUGGCCGGAAGGAGAGCAUCAGCAGCAACCAGACCCCGAUGGUUGAAUCUGAUGCCGACGAUGAUGAGGGCAUGGAGUUGAACUGA